AUCGAGCGUGAUAUUUUCGGUGGUUCAGAUUCCGAGCUUUCAGAAGAAGAAGUACCGCAGCGCAAGCGCCUCUCGCCCCCGCCCGCGGACGACGAAGAGUCGUCAGCAGAGUCGGACGAGGAUGAGUAUCAGGAAAAACGCGGGGCGCCAACGCCCAAGAAGACGCGCAAGAGCCGUCGGGCAGAUGAUGACCGGGAGAGGCGGCCAGCGCAGAGGAAGAGGAAACGGCGGCCCAUCGCCGAGGAGGACCUCAGUCAACUGCCCCCUGAACAGGCCAACAAAUUGAAGUUGGAUAUGCAAAUUGAGGCCAUCCUCAAAUCCAAAAAGUCUUCGCGGCCGAAGCGGAAAAAGAAGGACGAGGAAGAAGUCUUGGACCGUUUCGCCGAUGAGGAGGUUUCUCGCUUACGAGAGGCCAUGCUCAUUGCCGCCGACGAUGACGACCAGGCGAACAAGGAGAAGCUGCCUGCCACAGCUAAACUCAAGAUGCUCCCUCAAGUUAUGGAAGUGCUUCGCAAGACGGCCCUUGCGCAAUCCAUAAUAGACAAUAAUCUCUUGGAAGGUGUCAAGCGUUUCUUGGAGCCAUUGCCAGAUAGAUCUCUCCCUGCCCUGAACAUUCAGAAAGAAAUCUUUGGUAUUCUCGGGAAGCUCGAAUACAUCGACAGUGCUGUACUGAAGGAAUCGCGGCUCGGACGCGUAGUACUAUUCUAUACCAAGUCCAAGCGCGUCACGCCCGACGUCGCUCGCACGGCCGAGAACCUCGUCUCGAAAUGGUCCCGUCCCAUCAUUAAACGCAGCGCCUCGUACCGCGACCGUGUCAUUCCGGUUGCCCAGGACGGCGACGCAGUUGGCCAGGAACGCCUCAACGCGAUCCUGGCGCGCGCGAAAGAGACCGAGAAGAACAGGGUGCGCAAGAACGCUGUGAUGAUCCCGCAGCGCAGCCUGGGCAGCUACACGGUCGCGCCCAAGGCCGAUGCGGGCUUCAGGAAGAACAAUGCAGCCGUGGACGCGGAGAUUGAGAGGAGGAGGAGAUACGCUGACAGGAUGAGGACGCUAAGCCGGAAGGUUACGCAGAAGUAG